CUGAGGCUGGGUGUGGCAAAUGGUACUUGUGAAACUUCAAGCGUGUGGGUGUUAAUUUCUCUCCAUCCUGCUGCCUUUCCCAAGAUUGCUCAUUGCAGACAGGAGGCAUUCUCUCUCUUCACCAGAAGGAUCCAGUAACACUGAAGAACAUGGAGGGCUUAUGGAAAGGGUGGGUGCUGCUGAUAACACUCUAUUUGGCUGCCUACCAAGGUAAGGACAACAUUUUUUGUUUAGCUGGGAGACAAGCAGGGCAUAGUUUGUAUAUCCGAACACAAGAGGGGGGGAGAGAGUGGCACCAAACUUAUGCUGAUGUAUAAAUAAAACAAGGUAAUGGAAAAAGAAAGGAGUAGAGUUGGAAGAGGACCCUAAGGGCAGCCUAGUCCCCAACUCCCAGCGUGCUGUAAGUUUUCCUUCCUCAGAGAAACAACUUAUUUGACCAUUUGAGUGGAGAAGGCUUUGUAGAACACAUGUGUGUUGCUCAAAAUGUGUCUCUGGCCAAGAGUGCUGCAUAACUCGGAUACUUCUAUCUCUGUAAACUUGUGCUUUGCUUGCUUAAAUGGUUAUACCUUAGCAGAAGGUUCUGAGACAGCUGUACUAUAGAAUUCCCCUGGUUUUAUCUUCUCUAAAGAUGUGAUGGAUGUAUAAAAGGGGUGAUUACAUUCCAUAGUGUGCAGUGCCCUAGAUUGAGCUAGUAUAAGAAGCUUCUGGGCUGAGGCUUUUAAUAUCCUAUGAAAGGAACAAUCAGUACCAAUCGGCCUGAUGUAUGAAAACCCACAAAUAUCUACGUAUUGUGCUAUUGCAUGUUUAGAUGAUCUGUAACUUUGCUCAGAACAACCUUGUUUCAGUUCUCAUGGUGAAGCUGCAUUUGUCCUAUUUCUGUUGUUCUUCGCAGCCCCUUUGCUGUUUUGCAGCAGACCACAACUUCCUCCUCCUUGGCAGUUGAAAGAGAGGGAUUGCUUUAUUGCAGCAGAGCAGGUUGCACACACUUGACUUUAAGGCAGAUAGGUAUUUUAAUAUGGGGAACAUAUCUGUUUGCUAGCAUGUCUGUUCUUGCUAAUCCUAAUUUCAAAAUUGAAAGGUACCUUCAUCUGAAGUGCCCGUCACUUGCCUUCACUUGAAGGCAGGACUUGCUUGGGUGAGAGGGAAGAAGGGAGAGUUCAUAUUGGUUCAUAUUGCAGGCCCUUACCCAAUGAAAUCCCACCCAUUCAAUUUAUUUCCAACCUUUUACUCCAGCUGAAAAGGCUCCCAGGGCACCUUACAAAGACCAAUAAUAAAGCACACCUGUGCUUAUGUUAGCUAUCUAAAAGACACAGCACAAAAGGAAAAAUAUCAAGAGGAAGCAGGAAAACCCCAAACCCUGGCACUUGUUAAAAACCAACUAAUCUAGAAUGAAAACUGUCCUAGGAGAGGAGGCAAAGGUUGCUGGAUUUUCAGCACAGCUGAUGGUGGCUUUGCUUUCACUCUCCCCCUCUGCUAUAGCCUGAUUGAACAGUGAUUACCAGACAACUUUUUGUGAGGGAUCACCUGGUCCCAGAUGGGGUUGUCUACGAAUAAAGGCAGCUUUGUCCCUUGUUGGAAGGCAUUUGUCAUAAGUACAUUGGUAUUUGGUGGUUGUUUCCUGCAGCAGACUAUGUGAGCAGUCCUCUCACAGCCAUGUAGAUUUCUCUGGGAGCCCUGAUUAGGCUAAUAUUACUCAAUGCACAUAAAUGUCUGUCCUUAAAAACCUGUCCAUCGACACUCCCGUUUUUGAGAAAAUGCAGUCACCAUACAAAUAGGAUGUUGUGAAGAUGUAGGCCUGGCCUUCAGCUGGUCCUGUCUGAUUAGGAGUGUGUCUUAAUAGUAAUAUCCUGCAUGGCAAAUCACCCUUGGGACAGCUAACUUUUUUAGCUCUCUUAAAAGAGCAGCUACAACCAGAGUACAGAGACAAACUACCAGACCUACUCCCUCUGAAUGCUUGAAAAAGGACCUAGAUCCUUUCUAGAAUGCAAACAGAAGAUUGGCCAGAUGGGGCUACCCCGUAAGUGUAGAACCUGUGGCCCUACAGAUGUUGCUGGACUGUAGGUCCUGCCACCAGCAUGGCUCAAUGGUUGGAGGUGAUGCAGAGUUGUAGAACAGCAACAUUGGUGGAGAGCCACACGUUCCCCAUUCCUGGUCUAGACAAACAUAUUCUAUGGUUACCAUGCCUUCAGUGGCAGCCAGAGGAGAAGGUUCCCUCUCAUGACAACAUGGUGGUUCAGCUUUAAUCUGGCUGUGAAAAAAAUCCACAUGCAAGAGCUGUUAAAUCCCUUUUCCCAUGCUGCUUCCCUGCUGCCACCCUCUUCUAUGCUGCGUAGGCAGAGCAUUGUGCAGAGUAGUUUUUCGUGCCUGACUUGCCCUGAGGAAGGCUUGCUGGAAAAGUGUGUAGCACAGUCAUUCCUAGGAUACUCCAAACUAUCCAGGGAACGCCCCGACUCCCACAUCAUUGCACCAUAUCCAGCCACAUUACUUGCAAGCUGGAGGAGACUCAUCCCUGCCCCCAGGAGCUUAGCACCAGUCAGUCAAACACAAUACCAAAUCAGGUGAGAUUAAAAGAUGAAGGCUGAAACUUAUAUAAUCAAGUGUUCUUGAAAGCAUUGACAGUACCACUUAAAAGUAAUAGUGUGUGGAACUUCAAUCAGAACACGAGAUACUGUAGACACUGAUGAAAAGCCAGACUGUGAAAGCCCCUUGUUUCAAAAACCGCAUGUUUAAGAAGUGCUGGUCUAUCACCCCACCUCCCCCCCAAACUGAAUCGAGAUAUCUCAUCUGAAAGUAUACCCCAUAUAAUUCUUUGGUUGAUAAAUGGGUAAGGUUUCAAAGGUAGCACAUGCUUUGGAACCGAGGAUCCAUCUUUUAUCUAUCACCAGUUUUCAGGUAUCAACGGCUAUAUGAGACCUACUAGUGGAGAGGUAAAGCUUUGUGAUAGUAGGGGGGCGUUAUAUUUAGGUCUGUUACACAAGGGGACAGGCCCAUUGACAAAGUUUUCUUCUAGAGCUGGGAGUCAAAUGCAGCGAUGAGCAUUUUGGAACUCACCUGGCUAAAGCUUUUCUGUCCGUAACAUCUAGCAUCUUUAUGGUUGUAUUAUAUGUUAGGUUUCAUGAUGCUUUUAAAUUUCACAAAUGCAAGCAAUGCUGUGGGAGGUAAGGAAGAUCCUAUCUAACAGAAGCCGAUGGGAGGCAGUCCAAACUAGCUGAGGCCUGCGAAGGAAUAGAACAGUUCAAAUCCUAAAAGUAGUUAAGUGUAAUGCAGGAAAAGUAGCAAGAGAACCCAUUAAGAAGCUGACUGUAGGCUGUUCUCUUGCAAAUGGUUCUUACUACUACAAUAGCUUGGCAGCAUAAAUCAUGCUGAUGGAGAACUCCAUCAUACAUAAUGCAUAGAAUUUGCUGUCACAGUAUGUAAUAAUCCCUACUGGCUUAAGAUGGAAUGAAAGUGGGUUAAGCAAAUUCAUGGAGUGCAGGUUGUAUCCAUGGCUACUAGCCAUGAUGAUAUUUCCAGGUUCCAAGGCAACUGAAUACGAUUUGCUGGGCAGCUACAGUGAGGGCUAAUGGGCUCUUGGUUCUUCUGCCUUUAUAGAGUGGGAAUCUCAGGCUAAAUCAUACUUGUGGUGCCCACUCCAUCAAAACUGAGUUCUCUUAAGGCCAAGUUUAAUGUGCGUUUUCUGCCGUCUGGCAUUGACAGCAGUCUUUUACCCUGGCAAUGCAUAAUAUGUAAAAUACCUUAAGGUUCAACAAUAAAAGGUAAAGCUGAUCCUUGACUCAAAUUAAGCCCUCUUGUCAGUCUCAGUCAGGCUUCUUCAACAUGUUCCGUCCAGAUGGCAUUGGACUUCAACUUGCAUCAUAUGUGACCAUCAGCCAUGUGAGUGGUGGCACUGAUGGGAAUUGGUUGAGGAGGCAUUGGGUCUAAACAUUUGGUGCUAUUUCAAGGAUGCAAAGAAGUUGGCAAACUUGUCUCUAAAAUAGAUGCAACUGAACAAUCUAAAACUAUUUUUGUUGAGUCUUAUGUUGCCUGAUAACAGUGUGACUCUUGUGGCAACUGGCUGAUGUCCUACAUGGAGAAAUUGCCACAUGGCCAUGUGGAGCUUCUCCUGCCCAGUGGUGGUUUUGUUCUAAUUCUAAAUGGAACUGUAGUAGGGGAGGCAUCACUUGGAAAAGACAGCCAAGGAGAGUUCUGUAGUAACAUCAGACUACCCAAGGUGGGGGGCAUUGCAUGCAUCUAACCCUGCCUUUGGCUCCUGGAAAACACCAUUGAUUCUUGACACAUACCCAAGGUCUUGUAUAUCAGUGCAAUGAAGUAGGUAUCAGUUGAUAGUUGAUUGUGUCCUGUGUGAAAGAGAAGUAGAUGCUGUGCAUUGUGCAAGUUAUAACAUGCAGCAUAUAGCCUAUCUGAUUUGUGCCAUUUAGUUGAGUGGAAAAGUAUGGAGGUGUUAGAAAUCAAGGGAAGCUAGUGGCAGGCAUGAACUCGAAAAGCAGAGACCAGGAGACAAGGAUGAGAAAACAGGGAUAAAGUCCUGUCUUUUGAUCACUAGCAGAUCUUGUUUGUGUCUUGCGUAGCCACACACCUUUAAGUCUACUUCCUUAAUUGCAAUAAACACCCUUAAAAAAAAAUCAGAUGAAGAGCCCAGAUUGCUGGGUGUCUAAUACUUGUUCUACAAUGCAUACACAGAUUCAAAUGGAAAAUGCCCCUCUCUGGACUGUGAAGCUAUAGGAACACUAUAGCAUAAAAUCUCCAUGAUUUAAUGCUUGCUCAUUGGCAAUGCUUUCUCCAGCUAAAGUAGGCUGGAAGAGCUGUUUAAAGGAAUGGAAAAGGAAUUUAAUCAUGGGAUGGGUUGCCCAAAGCUGCUCCCUAGGGCUCAACAGCAACCAGAUGCUUUGCUUUCCUCCCUUUAAAAAAAUACAUAUUGAAUAGCACCCAUUGUAUAAGACUGAAUAUUACAUAUUACUGAAGGUACUUAUUGGUGAGGAAUGUUUAUUAUCUCAUUCAGUAUAAUUUUGGGAGCAAUGCAAAGAGGAAGGUAAAGCUUUCUUCCUGUUUAUCCUCCCAUAUAUUACACUAAGAACGAAGUCACGCAUACAUGGCAAAUGACUAAAAUGAGGAUGAUUGGCUUGCAGUAUGCAACAGCCAUCAGAGAUCAAAUGGCAUAGAUGAAACUUCAUUUUAGGUCACUGAACUCUUUAUUUCAGACAUAGUGCUUCCUCUGUGGCUGUUCCUUGGGUGGGAUAGAUCUAUGUCACAAUGUAAACCAGUUUGAAAUAGCUUUAGCUGUCGUAUUUGGUUCUCUUCCUUUCCUCCCCCGCACUUCACUGAGCAAGAAAACCUAUUUUUGUACAGGUGUGGGGUACUCUGAGUUGGAGACCAGUCAUGGUUCUUUAGUUAGGAACUCUGGGCCCAAACCACGCUUGAUGUUUUAUCCUGAUACUGGCCUUUGUGUUUAAGCUUUUUCUUCCACAAAUUGGCAGGCCUGGGGGCUGGGGAAUAUCUGGACUGCAGAAGGGAUGGAAAGAGUUUGCAGCUCCACUACUCCCAUGCCUAUUUUGGUUGGGACAGUAACAAUUUAUGAAGGAAAAAGCUUGCGGUCAAUGUCAAACAGCAUCAAACAUCUAUAACUGACAGUGGAAUGUAAUGGUUUUCAAUGUACACUGGAAGCAAGAGAGCUGAGACUCUUGUUAUAGGAGUAUGGCAAUCAUUCUGUGGAUGAAGGAGAGCAAAGAAAUGUAAGUGCCAGGCUUUUGUUGUCCAAUGAUAUUUGCUUCUGUUGCAGUUCCUAUUUUUCUAGUUCCUCUGUGUUUAUAACUCCUUUGAAAAGCCAGCUCCAUACCUAGCUAAGAGUGCCAACACUUCCCUCUGCAGCUGUAGGCCCUGUCUCAUAACUGGGUGUGUGUUUAUAUGCUGUCCCAAUAGGAGCUGAAAUCUGAUCUGUAUAAUUUAUGCACAGCCUUCCUUGGUCUUCUAUGAUUUACUCUUCUGUUGUGGGGGACAUACACCAAGGUAUGUACAUGUAGGAACCCCCUAUUGAGCCCUCCUCUGGUUUUAGCUUGCCUUCACAGCUGUAACAGCUGUCAUUAUUAUCAUUUUCUUUAAUACAAAAAUUAAAAAGGGUACUCUUUUGAUGCUGGGUUUUAUGGGCAACAUCUGAUCCUGAUGCUUGCCAAGGGUGGACCACACAAUGGUUCAUCUAACAUUAUUGUGACUUUGCUAGAUAGCUGCCGUUACCCUGGAAGAAGUUAAGCCUUGAUAAGCUCCGAUGAGUAAAACUUGUGGCUAGACUCCCUGUUCUGCACAGAUUCAAGCCAUUCUGUAAAUGAUGUUUUGAUGGAAAUAAAUGGGGUGGGGGAAGUUCUACCAAAGGGUUCUGCCAUGUUCUAGAGCACCCUGGCCUUGAAAAAAGCUAAAAAUAAAAACCCCACCCACCACCACUACAAUGCUGCUGUUUUCUUGUGGUUGUGGCCUUUUGGAACAAGACGUUGACCAACAUUUAACUAGAAACACUAACCCAUAAUGGCAGGGUUCCAUGUAUGUUGCUGCUACAUGGAAUGAAGGGAUGCAUCUGUAGACAAUGACUUGGCCCAGUAAACGGAAAACAUCAACCAAUGCUGAAAAAGAACCAACAAUUAUUACAAUUAUUAUCCAUGUCUCCAAGAUCUAGCUAUCUCAUAUUUACAGUGUGUGUAGUAGUAUUUGUAAACUGCUCUCAGGUUUUAUUACAAUCAAGUUGCUAUAUAUAUUCUGAGAAAUAAACAAACAGUUCAGUCUUCCAAGGAAUAGUUGGAUGGGACUACUACUCCAAUUUGCAUAGUUCUUUGAACUUUUCUCUUCUUACUAUUGCACUACUGGUGGUGGGGUAAGUGUAUAUCCAGGCAACCAAUAUGCUUCUGACCUUUUCGUUCGCUGACAAUUUUGCUGCUUAGAAUAAAUCUGUAAAAUGGACCACUGUGUUUCACUUUUACAUGCAGUUCUGCUGUCACUGAGCACUGCCUUUUGACUCAUGAUUAGUAAUGCAAUUGAGCUAAGGCUGGGAAAUGUGUUUGUGAGUCCAUUCAGCUAGAUGAGUGUUGCGGUUUCAAAGGUGUUAGCUGCAACUUGUGGGUGGGUUAUAGGGCAAUCCUAAACAUUUCUACUCAGAAGUUCCAUUGCAUUCAAUGGUGCCUACUCUCCUCCUCCUCCUGUAAGUAAAGGUAAAAAGGUACUCUCCUCUACAUAGGUAAAGGAGAGCAGCCUAGUCCUAUAAUUUUUCCUCCCCUUGUCCGUCUUCCGCAGGUUGUCUUUGAAAAUGCUCUUCCCUCCCACUCCAGUCCUCUUUCCCAGUCUUUGCUUAAUUUUCAUACUGAUAAGAUCAGAAGUGCCUUUAGGCAGGAAGCUUAUUCUGUGGCUCAACAGCUGAGAAAGCCAGGUGCUAAUGACUAGUGAGGUGGGAGACUGGCUUGCUUGUGGGUUAUCUGACUCAUUCGCACUUGAAAUUUACGUAUAUGUAUGCUAAUUGCUGAAAUUGCAGCAUAGCCACUUGAACUUGCUGUCAAGUCAUUUUGAUCAUUAAGGCUGAAAACGUUCAGAUGUAUGAAUGCUGAAUUUCUACAGCUGUGUUUUCAGUGAGCUCAAUGUCCAUUUGUAGGCUGUAAACCCACCUCGCACUGUUAACAAUAUGGCACUUUGCUCCAGCUCAAUGAUCUCCCCAAACGUGUCCCAUCUAACCUCUUGGUGAGGAGUCUAGAUAGGUACCAAAAGAUCUCUGGGAGCGAGACGCUGUGCAUUAAAAAAACAAAACAGUGUAAUUUUUAAUAUAGCCACAGCUAGUGCUAAAAGUUCAGUAGUGAUAUUUUUCUUUUGCAUCCAAGAUUCAAAGGUAUGUUAGGGAGGACAGCAUUUUAGUCGCUACCUUUGUUAAAGGCCACCAUUCAGGGAAGGGAGCUCAGAACACUGAACAUCUUCAGGUCUUUUAGUCCCAUCUGAGGGGCUUCCAAGCUGUCCCUUCCUAAAACAAAGAGGGCUGCAGUUCAGCUAACUUGAAGUGAGAGAACAUGACCCCACCUAUGUAAUUAACACAUAGGGUGGUGUAGCCUUUAGAGUGCUGGACUAGGAUGUGGUUGAAGUCAGGUUCAGAUCCCUGCAAAGCCAACUGUCUCCAUCUCACAGGGUGCCUGCAAGUAUGAAAUGAGAACCCUCCAUCUGUCUUUGGGCAGGAGCCAGGAUAUAAAUAUGAUGGGUAGCACAUAAUGCGGUAGCUUGAGCAGAAUAGGACCCUAGAUGCCAACAACUGUUCUAUCUUCUUCCUACUCCUAAAUUGCAGGUGCAUGUAAAGCCCUGUGUGGCAAGUACUCCUACCUUUUGCAGUGACAAAUCAGACCCACAGGAAUAUGUUGAAGGACUCGAAAAUAACUUCCCAUUGCAGUCAAGCAAAUAUCACAACAUGUGCAUUAUAUCUUUCAGUAACAAAAUACUGGCUUUUAUACUCUAUGAAUUCCUCUGACUUUCUCAGAAGAAUCUUGCAGAUAGCUGUUUAGGGAAAGUGUUUGCCUCUAAAGAGAUGGAAAUCUCCAGAUAUCGGCAGGGGCAGGGCACAAGAACAUCCCAGCUGAAAAUACAGAGGCAGCUAUCAGUACUGUACAGCUUGAACACUUCUUCUUGUCCACACCUAGAAAGCACAGACUCGAGAGGUGUUCCGCUUGUCCUGUGCUUUUAGGUGUGGGUCCGAGCAGUUUUCUGUUUGCCUCACUGCUUUCUCCCAGGAAACCCCACUUUUACUUCUGAAUCUGAGCAAACAUCGAUCCACGGAAAACUUAAUUGACAUUUGUGCCGAUUUAGCAGUAAAGAGUGGGUUUCUUCAGGGGGCACAAUUAAAGCCAUAAUAAAAAUUUUAUGUGGGAGCAUCCAAAGAUGGCAUCUAAUGUACAGCAUAACAAUGUUAUAUGAAACAACAGUAAUUUCAAAACACAAGAGUAUCCGUGUGCCUGCAGAAAAAGUACUCAAGUAUUGACUUGCAACUCAAGACAUUAGCAGGAUCUAGCAAUAGUAAGACCAGAUGACUUUUGUAGCAUUUAUCGUGUAUGUUGUAGACAUUGACUUUUGUCAUUUGUGUUCUAAUCGUAUGCAAAUAUUAUUUGAUGCUAGAGCCAGUCACCCAAGUGCUGCAAUCUGUGAAGUUGUCUAUGUGCUGCCAUUUCCAUUCCAUAUAACAGUGGGAUGGAAAUAACGGGAUAACACAGGGAACCUAGUGGUGAGACCUUUAGCAUGAUAAAAGGAAAGUCCACAGUCUACCAUUGUUUCCCAUUGCUUCUCUUCAGUAUCGUGUAAUGGUGCAUGUGUAGGGUUUGGCCAUAUAAAGACUGAAAAUGGUAAAGUCAACAGUGCCUAGUCAGAAGUCAUAGAUGUUCCUCACCCUUUGGAAAUAUUUAUGCAAACGACCCCCUUGUGUUCAGCAGGGGUCAAUCCAGAGCUCCCCCAACUCCCACUGGACACUUUGACAGGUCAAAUGAGGAUCCCAGACCAGCAUAACUUGACCUGUGUGCUGCCAGAUCCCCACUGCUGCUGUGGAGAAUUUUUGUGGGCAUUUUCUUCCCUUCCUCUGGUUCUUACCUGUGAGGUAGGUCAGGCAGAGAGCUGCUGACUAACCCUACGUCCCCUGUGAGCAGGGCUUUUUUUCAGCUGGAACUCAGUUCCGGCACCUCGCAGAUGGGCGCUAUUGCCAUUUUAAGAGAACAAGGGAGGUGUUCGUGGCGAGUUCGGCACUACUUUCCCUAGAAAAAUAGCCCUGCCUGUGAUCUUCGUGCCUGAGAGUGGGGGUUUUGUAGCUUCUAAUCUUCUAACCACCUCCACAUUAGUUCGCUCUUACCUCUGCUGUAAUACCAUGGCUGGAGAGAGUAGCACCAAACAAGGAGGACACCUGAAAUGAUUUAUAAUAUUAACUAAGUGCAAGCAGAAUAAACUCGAGUGCAUUUCAACCAUGUUUUUAACUUGGGAAGAAGAAAACAUAUUCUUUAGUCGACUAUUCCCACCCUGAGGAAGAAUGUUUUAAAAUGCAUUGAAACUUAUAUAAUAAGAACACUAAUUGGAACCUCCUCCUUUUAUGUAGAUAAGCUUUAAAAGCCUUUUGCAUAGAAAGGAAGGUGUGGCUGAGUCCAGGCUAGGAGGAUUUUUAUCUUGUCUUGAAUAGGGUUUGUACAGUUCCACCAGCUCUGGCAUCUCUACAAAGAGAAAUAUAAUACAAACAAAUCACAUGGCAGCACCAUGAAGGGGAAAAAAGAAUUUGGCGGGGGGUGGCACAGGAGAGGCAAAGUAUAUCUCUAGGUGCAGGAGAUGUGUCCCACAGUUUAAAAUCUCUGAAACAAAAAUACUAGCAUGUGUAACGGCGAUUGGCAAUUGGCCCCAGCAAUUGGCGGAGUGGGGGGAGGGGGAGUGUCUUGUUUGGGGUGUGUGUGACACCGCCGCCCCCCCCCCUCACAAUGGUAUUUUAAAUGCACAGCUAGGCAGUAUUUAAAAAUGAGAAAGGGUGUGUGGAGCAGGGUAGUUGCCUUUUAAUCUAGCAAAUUAUGGAUUCUCCAAACAUACACUAUGCAGAGGUAAAUGAAUGCCAAUGCUGUAAUCUAAUUGACCUGACCUUAGUUCUUAAAUGUAGAGCUGGAAAACAGGUCACUCAGGUCAGUUAAAAACCCUUCUGUUAUCACACACACACAACAAUCUUAGUUUUCAGAGUGUGUGUGAAAAACAAAGUGACAUGUUACACUUGCAUUCCUUCAAAUAUAGCUUGCCUGUAUUAGGGUUUUUUUUUUUAAACCCUUCCUUGUUGCUGCUUCAAGGAGUCUUCCCUCCCUCUUCAGAGACAGGUGUGUCACUUUGCUAUGCAGAGCAUAAAUUAAAAAGCUAACCCAGCAAAAGACCGAAUGAUCCAGCUGGGAGUGGGUGUGACUGACUCCCAACUGCUGAGGCAAGGGGAACGGGGCACAGGAAGAACUCUGCAAGGGACAGUGACUUCCUCCUGGGAUCUAGUCACUCCCAGUUCCGACGUGUCCAAGCCUAGUUGUAUCAAUUGUAAAAUGUUUAUCCUGUUGAUAGGACCUGAUUUUCAUGUGUGGCACUGAUCCAUCUCUCCCUUUAAUCUGCUUCACUGUGUAGAGUUUACAGAAAACUGAAGGUUCAAAGAGUAGCUCUGGGCUGCUUGUAAACCGGCUUUCAAACUGGUGUGCACUGCAAAACAGAGCAGGAUUUCGCUCCUGCUGAGCCCUGUUGCUCCAGCUGCAUGUGUCAUUUCCCGGCAGGGGAACUGGCAUGCAGCCAACACAGAAUGGAGUCCUGCCUCCUCGCCGCCCCAGCAGAGCAAUGCCAGCUGAUUGGCAAGUGGGCAUGGUUUUAUAAUAAAUGGCCUUGCAUGCCAAAUUGUCCCAUGGGCCAGAGCUCCUCCUGUAAACUGCCCCUCAUUUCUUUCUAUACUUAUGCAGAGCCACUGUGGUGCAGUGGUUUAGAGUGUUAACACUAGGACCUGGGAUAACAAGGCUUAAAUCCCCACAUACGCAAGAAGCUCACUGGGUAACUUUGGGCCCAUCAUUGGAUCUGAUGAUGUGGGUUUUGGUGUAUACAAGCCAAUGCUAUAUAAGAGGUAUAUUUUAAAGACUCUGGCCACUCUGGUGGUUUUUAAUGAGUGUAGUUACCCCUCUGGGAUUGUGUAACAUCGCAUGACUUAAAAAACUUGACAUCAGCACAAUACUAUUUAUGUGAAAAAGACAUUCUCGUUAAAUGGGGGCCAGGGGAGAGGCACAUUUUCACCUUAUCACCAUCUGCCUGACAACCUUUAUCCUUCUAUGUUGAUAGUAUGGUAUGAUCUGGUCCUGCCCACACUUUUCCCUGAGUAGGAGAUGGGAGAUGAUCAGUACUGCGAGGAAUCUCAUAUCUGAAUCAUUUAUUCAAGUUGCUAGGAUGUUCUGAAGCAGGGAAUAUUUGGUGGGGAGGGAUCCGUAUGAGCAGCUAUAGUAGGUUAGCAAAUGCUCUGGGUGUAGACAUGAAUCUAGGACGGCAAACAAAGGUUUUGUUGCUAAACCUGUUUGUCUUUUGUAAUAGCUUCUGCCUGGCACAUUUCAGUGCUCUGGGCUUACACAAGUGCGUCUCACAGAGGCCAUUAACUCUCUGCUCAUUCCUGCCCUCCUGUCAUAGGUUCUGCGGGAGUUCUUCCCGUAUCACCACAUCUGAUAUGUAGAUUGCACCAGCUAGAUAGACCUGCCAGCACCUGUUCUUCCUGCAAUCACUAAAUGAUGACAAAUUCUGCAUCCAACUUACGGAAUAUUAUUAAAGAAGGCAAGCAGGACCAGCAACAAAAUGUUGCAGUGUGGCGUGAUUCUGUUCAAGAUUCCCAUCAGACCUUUUUUCAGGAUAUGCUAUUCUGUUCCCCCUCUAGCUCAGUCCUCACUGGGCUAACUGGAAUCUCCACCCCCCCCCACUAUCCACCCCCCCCCCCCUAGUUUUGUGUGUGCUGAAAAUCUUGGGCUUUCCAGAAACUUUCUGAUAGCUCUCUAGUAUGCUGUUUUGGCUGCAUGUUGACCAUAGUUCAUAGAAUGAAUUUGCUUUUAGCAUAUAGCAGUGGUUCUCAAACUUUUUUCUCUGGGCCACACUUGCAGAAUAAAAAUUUCCUUGUGCCACACCAAUUUUUUUAAUUGAUAAGAAAUACACUGGAAAACAAAAAGCAAACUCCUAGCAGUGCUUGAUUUAUAACAUAGAACCUGCCAUGUGUUUGAUAACAGGGCAACCCUAAGCAAAGCCUCUUGACGAACUGAGGUGCCUUGUGUCCUCAAAUGAUUUACCUUAUGGAACAAAAGCAAAUCUUUGGACUGCACCGGAAAACAUCAUUCAGCCUGGACACUGAGAUCCAGCUCCGAGGGCCUUCUGGCGGUUCCCUCACUGUGAGAAGUGAAGUUACAGGGAACCAGGCAGAGGGCCUUCUUGGUAGUGGCACCCGCCCUGUGGAAUACCCUCCUAUCAGAUGUCAAGGAAAUAAACAUCUAUCUGACUUUUAGAAGACAUCUGAAGGCAGCUCUGUAAAGGGAGGUUUUUAAUGUUUUAAAUAUUUUGUUGAAUGCCACCCAGAGUGGCUGGGGCAACCCAGUUGGAUAGGCUGCAUAUAAAUAUUAAAACUAUUAUUAAAAGUUAUUAUAACAUAUAAUUGGAGUGCCAUAAUCCAGUCUACUUCCUCUGGCUAAAACCCGGUAAAAACCGUGUUUGGAAGUAAGUGAAAUUUCCAUUUUCAAAGGCAUCUCCAGAAGUGUUGAGGGUAAUCCAAAAAUCUACUUGUUGAAAGACAGUGGAAGUGGGCAUCUCAGUGUCUUGAAAUAAGAAGGUGUAUUGGAAGCCAAGUUUUUUUUUGAAACAUACUAAUCAAUAUCCUGAAGAUGACAGGUCCUGCCAGACUGACGGUUUUGUGUGGGCGUAUUCUGCAGCAUGUUCUUGACACUAUAUAGUUUAUCCUUGACUGUCUGCACUCCAUUCGGCAUUUUAGUUGUUCUGCAGUGCUUCCUUAUGUUUAGCUGCCAGAAGGGAGGAGACAGAAGGAAACUUUCCAUGGCUUAUGGCUUCCUUUUAUAAAUGUGACGAAGGAUCAGACUUGAGAUAUUGAACUUUAUUAUAUUCAUUUUAUAUGGUUUUAUAAUUUCCCUUCUGUUUUCAUGAUGCACCUUUGCUGUUCCUUUUUUCUUCUCUAAUUUAUAUUUAGGUUUCAUUAUAGGAGUGAAUAGCUUAAGCUAAUAAAUGGCUGUGGAAACUUUUUGUAUUAAGAGUGGUACCUCAGGUUACAUAUGCUUCAGGUUACAUACGCUUCAGGUUACAGACUCCGCUAACCCAGAAAUAGUACCUCGGGUUAAGAACUUUGCUUCAGGAUGAGAACAGAAAUCGUGCUCCGGCGGCGCGGCGGCAGCAGGAGGCCCCAUUAGCUAAAGUGGCGUCUCAGGUUAAGAACAGUUUCAGGUUAAGAACGGACCUCCAGAAUGAAUUAAGUCCUUAACCCGAGGUACCACUGUACAUUCUAUAGUUGUAGUAUUUAUUAUUCUUGGUUUUGAGAUCAUCACUGUAUAAGUCUGCUCAGAAGGAAGCCCCACCAGGGCUUACUCCCGGGUAAAUUGCUGCAACUCAGCAAGACAACUUUUGAGAAGAGAAAUUUUCCUCACUGCUAUUCCCUCCUGCUAGGUUCCCUUUUAGACUCUGGCCCCGAAGUCCUGCACUGGGUCUCCACACUGACCUGCAAGCUCACUUCACCCAUCCACAAGUCUAAAACCUCUGCCAGAAUAGCUUCAAGUUCUCUUUUCAAUUUAUUACGUUGGCUUUGCCUCGCACACUGGGUUUUUCCACAACUACACCAAUAUUGAUCUGUACACCACUCCUUUAUUCUUCCGCUGCCACCAAUUUUGUGGAAAAAACACAGGGAUCCCUGGUGAAAUAUUGAGUCUCAGUCAGGUAGAGUUAACAAUAAAGAUUAAAGUUUAUUUCAAACACAAACAUGUUUUAAAAUAUAUUCGAAACACUGUCACUCUAUUCUCUCUCAGUCUUGUCCCUGUCUCUAACUGACUCCUCUAUCUCCCCCCCCCCCCCAAAAGAACCAACCGAACUAACUGUCAAAACCUUGGGCUGAGCCUCAGAAUCAAGCAGGAUCCUCCUCCGGGCUUUCUUAUUGGUCAACCUAUUAACCCUUUCUCUCCCCCAAUACAAAGGUAUCCCCAAAGAAUGGGCAAACGCCACAGUAUGCAUAAGAUUACACUGUUACUCUCCUUAAUAAUGCUUAUUAAUAUUUGUAUUUCAGGUUAAAUCUAAAUUUCAGUUUUAUGUAGCCAUGCACUGUAUGCUACAGCUUUGUAUUUAAUACUUUCUAAAAGAAAAGAACACUCUCUCCUCCAGUCAGCCUUACUCUAUUUACUCGAGUCUAAUGUGCCAUCGUAUCUAAUGCACGCCUCAAUUUUCAGAGCCUUGAAACAAAAAAAAGUAUUUGCUGGCGAAUGUAAAUGUGCCAACAAAUCUAAUGCGCACCUUAAUUUUUGCAACGUAAUUUGUCCAAAAAAGGUGAGCAUUAGAUUUGAGUAAAUAUGGUAUUUGUAUGCAUAUAUCUUACCUAUGUGGCUGUGCCCUGGAGCACAGGCUGGGAUCCAAAUAACUGCAUAGCUGGUUCAGUGUGCCCAAGGGGACAUUGGGCUUAUGUUUCUCAGGUAGCAGCCCCUCACCCCCAUGCUAGAUGGCAAAUUGCUUUUGAAAAAAGGAGAAUUGGAAAUGCCAGUUCCUGAAGUACAUCUUGAAGCAUGGGAGCCUGUUGUUCAAAUGAGGUGGGCAGAGGGCGUUGGGGUUGGAACUCUUUCAUUGCCCUGGCUUUGUAUGUAAUUAUAAACCAUGGUUUACUAAGCUAUAGUUCGAUAAACCAUGGCUCAGUGUUAUGUGUGUACCCUGUCCAGUGUCUUAGCUAUGGUGUGUUAGCAAAAACAAGCCAUGGUUUGUUAUUACCUUACUGACCAUAACUACGACGUUACACAUGAACCUGGGCACUUCCUUGACUAUAGUUUUCUUGCUUGCCUACAUAAAUGCUCUGCCAAGCCACAGUUGCAUUAUUAUUCCUUUAAAAAAAUAAAUCUUGCUCUUCCUCCCAAGGGAUCCCAAAAAUGAAGCUCCUUGCAUCAUUUUGUGGCUCAUGCUGAUACUUCUCCCAAAGAUGAGAUCACUCCUAAUUCUGCCUUGCAAUUGCUGCCUUGUCCCACCCAGUCAUUGUCUUUAAUGCUGAUGUGCUGCAAAGGAGAUGGAAAGGGACCGCUCAGCCCUCUGAAUACUCUAUCAUCCCUAAAAGCAUUUUUAAUGCUUGAGACUAUUUCCUUGUAUGCAAAACAACCAAAAACCCCGCCACCCUUUUGCGUAGGUUGUGCAUGCCUCUGCCUAUUUGCUAACUAGCAUCUAUUAUUGUUCAAGGUUCCGGAAAGCAAUUCUUGCAGUCUGUUGUCGACACAACAGUCAUGUCACAAUCCCUGCAGUGAAUUACAUUCACCCCUCCUGAUCUCUGCCAAUUUCUCCCUUGUUGUCUUAUCCCCCUCCAUCCUCACCCCGAGUUUAGACCCCCACCCCCGAUGAUGCUAACCUUGCUGUUUGUGUCCACAUUCUCCCUGAGCUACAGUUGAGGCAUGAUCAAGUCUUGGCAAGGGCGUGUGUUUGUAUGUGCAGCUUAGUGGAGAAUGGGGGUAGGUUCUGGUGUGUCCACAUUACCAUUCACUGUGGCUCCACUGCUGUUUUCCCCCCAAGCCCAUUUACACACAACAUUGGCAGCGAUCCAUUUCUAUCCUGUGGUUUCUUUAGAAAUGAUGCUGUUUGAUGCAUCUUCCCUCGAACCAGCUUCCAUCCAAUUAGAAAACGUUAAGUCACACUCACUUCUUGGUCAGGCUGAGGCAUGAACAUUUAAGACAGCUGUUGCACAUGCUCAGAUGGCAGCUUCGUGAUUGGGAGUUGGACGGUUGCCGGCGCAUGGUAGCGAAACAGGUAAAACACAUCAGGUGGAGACAAGACAUGGAAAUACAACCUAAAACACAGCAGGACAGAACGACUUCACUGUGUUUCAGCCAUUAAUAUUGUUACAGCAGUUGGGUGCCACUCCCACUCUCUCCCGAGCCAUAGCAAGAUUCCAGGGGGGUUCCAGGCACUCCCCCAGGCUCUGUGCUCCUUUGGAGAAUUGAAGAUGCAGUAGAGCAGGCAUAGGCAAACUUGGCCCUCCAGAUGUUUCGAGACUACAGUUCCCAUCAUCCCUGACCACUGGUCCUGUUAGCUAGGGAUGAUGGGAGUUGUAGUCCCAAACCAUCUGGAGGGCCAAGUUUGCCUAUGCCUGCGGUAGAGAUUGUCAUAGAUAUAAGAAAUAGGGUUUAUUUACAUAUUUACACCUUCAGUCUGCAUGGAGGGUGUGUGUGUGUUUCCAGAUCUUACAGCAAGGGCAUUUCAAUAGGGGCUUGUUCCCCACUGGAGUCAAAGUGAAGGAUGCAUAGAUUGUUGUGAAAUACAUAAUGAUUUGCGUGUGAAAGGUAUGUUUUGCCACCUCCAAAGCUGGGAGAGACCGUGAACCAGAAGCUCAAAAUGUUUGCUCUUGAUCUCCUUUUGUGCUCCACCCGUGACUUCCUCUGUGGUCAUCGGGGUCUGCUCUGCUCCUCCUCUAUCGGCUUCCCUCCCUCCCUUGCUGCUUUCCCUCCUAGCCAGUCUGAGCCAGAGUGAAGAGGUGCAAUCCCCCCCCCUUGGGCCUGCACCCUUGGCAGGGUGGGCAACCCCUAAGCACACCCUGCAUACUAGAAAAAGUGAGAUAGUGCAAGACAGAUAGAGGCCAACAGCAUACUCUUCUGCUUGAGAAGGUGAAUGAUGAAGUGUGCAAAACAACACAGGAGGGACAGCACCAGGCUGUGGUUUUUACAUGCAAGGUUGUCAGUGCCAUCUGAGGACAAACAGUAAUAGGGUGGGAGAGCACAAGUAUAGUUGUGUGUGUUGGAAACAGAAGCAAAACCGUCUGAUGCACUCGUGCAAACACCAGGGGAAGUGUGCAUGUUCAAACUGGCAAAGAACAUGAGAAAAGUGUGCAAGGGGUGAGAGGAAUAUUUGCAUAUGAGGGAAGCAUGCAUGGGCAUGUGAGCGCUUUCCUUAACGUAAUUGGAGAUCCAAGACAGAUUAACAUUAAAAAGGGGCGGAGGGGGGAAAAUAAAGCAGAUUAAAUUUCCGGAAGCCGGGUGGCAGAAAGAAAAUGUUAAUGGGCUACUGACUCACUGUAAAGAAUGUGUAAAGAAGAACUCUGAGCAGCUUUCUCCACACCCCUCUUUUGCAGCUGGACAAAUGCAAGGAGGACAUCCCAUCAUCCCUGACCCAUAUAGCAGUGCUGACUGGAAUUAAUGCAAGUCCAAUAAUAUAUUGUGAGCCACAGGUUCCUCAUUCCCACCCUAAACAGCCAUGGGCUUGUGUGUGUUCGCCACUCUUUUAAUCUGCGUGGUCCAAAUGAUGUUUCCCUCAAACAAUGCCAUCUCAAUGCACUUGUAAAUUCAGGUUUACCCAAUAUGGGAAUAAUUUGAUAAAUUGAGGAAAACAAGGCUCCAAAUUGCUCCACUCAGGGUAGGAGGUACCUAAAUGGUUUUGCUGUUUUGUGGGGUGGAUGGCUCAGUCAUCCCUUUCUGCUACUUCCCUUUCCAUGCCGACAACUUCCCCCUCUCCCUGCUGUGGUUGUAACUAUUUCUGGUGUGUUCCUGAGCACAGGACCACCCCUCCACCUUCGGAUCCCUCAGAUUUGCAAGAUCCAGAACACUGAACAAGAAAACCAUGUUAAAAUUUCUAUACCAAAUAUAUUGGGUAGCAUCCAAAAAGUGUGCUCUCAGAAUUUACAAUUGCUUUCAUCUCUUUUUCAGUCUCCCAGUAGCUGCUCAAAAUUCACAGUUGCCUGAAUGUGUGCUUUUGCACAUUUGUAGAGCUGAGAUUUUUUUUUAAAAAAAAUAAAAAAUAUAAACAAGGGGUGUGUGCGUAUGCAGCUAUCUGUGCUUCUCAGUUGGCACUUAAUUAGCAUAAUUGAAUCAGCAAAUUAGAAGGCAGGGAUACACUCAUUGGUAUGAGCAGGAAAGACCAAAAUCGCUCCUUACAUAAAAAUUCUAAUGUGUGCAGAUGUGGAUUACUCUGCUUAAUUCGAGUGGGGAAAAUGUGGAUUAACAGCUAAAUAAUGCCCAAAUGUGGACAAGCCGUAUCUUUGAGCUAUGAUCAACACAGGCAGAUGAAAACUAUGAUGUGGAUAAAGAAUUUACUACCAUAGUGGUAGGUGUAGAUUUAAAAUAAAAAUAAAAAUUGGUGAGAUGUAGCAUCCAGAAUAUAGAUAGAUGUCAACUGUCCAGGGAGGAAAAAACUUAGGAACAACUUGAUUUGUAGAAACCAGUAGCAUGGAGAUAAAAAAGUAGCCCUAUUUAGAUUAUCAAUGUUUAGAGUGGUGGUGCUGACAGUGGGGAAGCUGGGGUUACGACCUUGUCUGUCCUUGCCGUUGACUUCUAGAUGCUCAACUGAUUUUCUGUACAGAACUGCUGCAUGAACAGCACAUCAGAUCUGUGCAAUGUGCAGAUCUGGUCGUCAGGGCAAUGCAAACAGAUCUUCUCUAUGUGCAUCUGUUGGUCAUCUAAAUGGGGAAGAAUAAUACCAAGCUAACGCAAGCACAUCCAAGUUGCUAUUAAAGGCUCAGCUGUAAGAGCCGCCUGAAAAGCUAUCCACCCUACAUCUAAAGCAUACCCACAGCAUAAGGAGAAGUAAUCCCAUGAACCUCUUUGAAGAUGUGAAAUUACUGGGUUAAAAGUCUCGGCCUCAUUCAUUGUACGAAGCAGCACACAGAAGCUAAUAAAUAGCAAACAGUGAUUCCCAUUCCUCCCAACACCAAACAGAAUAAUGUGACUAUGGUGGUAAUUGUGGGGUUUGAUAUGAGCAGGAAUAGUAGGAAGGAAAACUCAUUUGAGGUGUCAAAGGAAGAACCUCAACAAAAUUUUAAAUUUUAAGUUCUUAAGGCAGCCUGAGCCUUUGCCAAUUUGCUUCCCUCCAACCGUUCUGAUCUCCUACUUCCAUCAGUCCCAGGCAAUCCCCAACUCAUGGGAAAUGUAGAUCAAAACAGCUGGAGGACACCACGGGGUUAGGGAAGGCUGAGUUAAGGGGAUAUUCUGCACAUGGUAAAACACAAAAGCUUUUGGCGAAAUACUGACUGUUACAACAUCUCAGAACUUUAGAUCACAGUAGAAAAGAACUAGGCUGAUAAAAAGUUUGGCAGGGUGCUUAUUUAAAGACAACAACAACAAGGACAAAACCUACACGACAGUUUCAUGCCCUACUGGUCACAUACUAAGAUGCUAACAGUAAUGGCCUACCAUUGCGAUCAUGAAGAGAACGAAAUAAUUUCCUAGAUGUAGCUGAGACGUUGCAGCAGUUUGUGAAUUAUGUUUCCUAAACCUGGUUGCCAACUAACCACAAAGGCCUGCUUCUGUGCCUUUAACCCUGACCUGAUUUGCAGAAAUCAGUGGCGGCUGAAGCUUUUCACGACUCUGGAGCUAAACAUUUGUUCCUUUAUAUUUGCAAAAUCUCCAUACUGCACUUCAUUGCUCAUGGUGAUCUCAGGGCAGUUUCCAACACCGGAAAUUAUGUUCAACCUAGAAGAACAAUACAGUGAAAUACCUGGACUUAUGGUUAACAAAAUGCAGUCAAAAUGCAGGGGGCAGGGGAACCUUAAAAACAUUGGAGAGUGUGAACUAAUUCCCCUCAAGGGGGAAGGCAUUUUUGGUGGCUAACAGAAGCCCAUCUUUUCUGCCAUCUGUGUCUCCAGGGGCUCCACAACAAGGGAGGGGGGCUUCUCCUGUGUUCAGUGGGCCAAAGAGCUCUCCUCCCCGGCCCACCCUGAGGGUCCAAGAUGGCUGGUAAGGGAGCAGGUGCUCUGAAAAAUAUGCAUUAUCACUUGCUAAUGUCUGCAGAACAAACCUCUGUUGCAGGGAUAGCUAGAAUAUUUCUGCUUUCGGUUCUGCAAUGUAAUGCAAAUACUAUAUAAAUAGAGAUGUAAACUCACCAGAGUUUCUGUUCAAAGUACACACUCUGUGUUGGUCCAGUUUCAGUUCCCCAGGGCUGGCUGAGGUCGAAUUACUUGGGGUGGGCAGAAUAGUCCUGGUUCCCCUCUUUUUUGUGAUCACCAACUUGGCUAUACUGCAUUUAGAACUGGCGUAGGUAACAUGGUGCUCCCCAGAUUUUGUCAGACUACGAUUCCCAUCCUGCAAAUUGAGCACUAAUCAUUGGGUCAGGCUGUAGUAAAUGUUGUAUCAUAAUAAGGCUAUAGCUAUGCACAGACACAUCCCAAGUGAUUUGAAGUGAUUGCAACAAGAUGGCCACAUUUACCACAGUGUGAACAAUCCUAAUUCUGGUGUGACUGUUGUCAGCUAUGAGGAGGAUACGACAUUCAUUAGAAGACAAGGCUAUCAACGGCUGCUAGCCUUGUUGGCUGUUUUCUGUCUCCACACUUGGAGGCAGCAGUGCUUCUGAAUACUGUUUUCUGGAAACUGAAGGAGGACAGAGGCCUCUUGUGCGCUGGUUCUGCUGGUAGCCUUCCCAUAGGCGUCUGGCUGGCCCCUGUGAGAACAGGAUGCUGGGCAUGGCCUGACCCAACAGGCUGCUCUUAACAUGGUUUUCAUGUGCUACAAUUAUGCAUGAAAUAUUGAAAUUGUUUAUUCCUGGCACGUAGAGGAUACGAUGGCUUCAACGGCAGGACUGUCCAUUUUUGUUAAACUGGCCUUGCUCCAGCAGUGAUUAGAAAAGCAUGGUUUCCUAUGAAAAGGAAAUACAGUAUUUCCAAUGCACAAGCUGAGAUGAAAGCUUGCAAAUAAGCUUGUGGACAUAGGGCCAAAACAGUGAAAAAUCCAAAAUAUAUUAUUUGUGUGUGUGGUUUAACGAUCAUAAGGUUAUAUAGAUAAGCUUUCAGACUUUAUCAUGCUUGAUGCCACAUAUCACUGUUGUUCCCAUUUUACAGAUGGGCAUUUGUGGUAGCAGUAUUUCUCCAAGGCUGUUUCCUCUGAGUGGCCGAGCUAGUGGGCAGGUCCUCAACUCAGCUUACUUAUCUCUCAAAAUCAAAUUGAGAUGGCUUAAAUAGAAGGUAGAAUCUGUCAAAGAGCUUUUUUCGCUGUGUAGCUGGAAGCUAACCUUUCUGUUCUUCUUUUGGGCAGCUGCUGCAGGCCCCCUGUCUUGGGAGAAAGAGUGUGCAGAGGGUCCGGAAACAUGGUGUCGGGACUUCCCCACGGCACUGAAGUGCGGGACUUUGGACCACUGUCAUGGGACUUUGGCGAUCAACACCCCUGUGGUGAGUCCAUGUGAUGGCAGAGUAUGCACUCCCUGCCCACCUACAACAUUCAUGUCCUUCAAGGCAAGGGUUAAUCUGAACAGGGGAUCACAGGAUUCAUCCAAGAAACAUGCAGUGUGAACCAAUAACCAAAAUGAAGUGCUCUGAACAAGCACAGAGAACGUUUUACCUGCCGCUGAGUAAUGAGGUUGCCCCAUGACCAGAAAGAAAGCACGACAGUGGCUACAAAAGUUGUUUUAGAUGAAUAAGCUUUUUUGCAGGCUUCUGUCCUCAGACACGUUCAAAACCACUUGCCUCCACUCCUGUGGCCUCCAGCCCAGCUGCAACACACGUUCCUGUAUUAUGGGCUACAUACUUGCUUCGGUGACAUUCUUAGAGUUCCAGAUGCUGCAUUGCAUUGCAGUUGCAGAAUACCAACCAGCAAGCCCCUUAAGCACAGUGUCUAAAAACAAAACAAGACUGAAACGGCUAUGAAAACCAUAUUAGGUUUCCCCCCUAACUUUCUUUUUUGAGUGGAAAUGGAAAUGCCAGUUUAACGGAGGAUUUCUAGACGGCACCAGCUGCUCAGUCAGCUGGCCUUGCUCCACUUCCUUUCUUUCACGAGCAGAACUGAGGCCAGAACUGCCAUGUUACAUUAAAGACAUUUCCACCGCCAUAAACAGCAACCACCCUGCUCUUAACAUACACACCAACUGACUCAAUUACCUGUGUCCUGGAUUGUAGAUUUCUACCCUGCCCUUUUUGCCUGCACCAGCCACUGCAUAAUGUAGGGCACAGAUGCCUUUGCGUCAGGGCCACACUUUAAAGUGUGGUUCUGUCCUCAGAGUGCCAGCUUGGCCCUGCGACUGUGGGUGUCCAGGACCGUGGGUGCCAUGAAGUGUGCAGGGCCCUGGCACUGAAAUUUGUGGGUGCCCGGCCUCUUCAUGGGGAAUUUUGUGGGUGCUCGGGUACCCAGGGCCCCAGGGAAUUUGCACCUAUGCCUCAAACCCUUAUUUAGCUGCACCAUACAGCUCAGGGGGAAAGCGCAUGUGUUGCCUGUAUAAGUGUCUAGGUACAUUCCCUUGCAUGCACCUUUGGGUCAGUGGCCACAUAGCUGCUGUCAGAUAGAGCAGGCUGGGCAAGGUAAAGCAAUGGUCUGCCUUGAUUUAGAUCCUGAACCAGCCGCAUAGAAAGAGGUCAUCUCAAAUUGAAGUCCCGCUGAUUUCAGUGGGAAUGAAGUGCAACUGACCUAGUUGUGUACACACCAUACAUGCAAAACACACAAACACCUGAAUCCUGGGAACUAUAGUUGGUUCGGGGACGGGGGUGGCAUUGUGGUCUAAACCACUGAGCCUCUCAGGCUUGCUGAUUGGAAGGUCAGCGGUUCGAAUCCCCGCGACAGGGUGAGCUCCCGUUGCUCGGUCCCUGCUCCUGCCAACCUAGCAGUUCGAAAGCCGUCAAAGUGCAAGUGGAUAAAUAGGUACCGCUCCGGCAGGAAGGUAAACAGCGUUUCCGUGCACUGCUCUGGUUCGCCAGAAGCGGCUUAGUCAUGCUAACCACAUGACCCGGAAAAACUGUCUGCGGACAAACACCAGCUCCCUCGGCCUAUAGAGUGAGAUGAGUGUGCAACACUGAGUCGCCUACGACUGGACCUAAUGGUCAGGGGUACCUUUACCUUUUUAUAGUUGGUUCAGGGUGCUGGGAAUUGUAGAUAUGCAAGGACUUGACUAGUCUCAUGGAUUUCAUGUCCUUCAAAUAUAUGGCAAGGAAUUCAAAUUCAGUGUUGUGCUCUUCUGAUGGUUUCCGUGGGACAAUCCCUCCCCACUGUGGGCAACUCUGGGGUACUCCUGACCCCCUAGAGCCGAUUCAGGGCAGGACAGGGGGAAGCCUCAUGCAGUACUAGUUGGUGUUCUUGAGCUGGAUUCUGCCAAUGGAAUUGGGAUACUUAAUAAUAAUAAUAAUAAUAAUAAUAAUAUUUUUACUAUUUCUUUCUUUCUCAGAAAAGUCUCAAGUGUGGUAUGUGCAAGCUCGUUACAGUAAUGAUGGCAAAGAUCAUGCAAGACAAUUCCACGGAUGUAAGUAUUCUGGAGAGGAUUCUAGGAUUUUCAUCCUUCAUUUUGUGAACAACUGAGAACACAGAAUUAUCUCUCCCCCGCCCCCCUGCUCUGCCACAAAUAGCCUGAUCUGUUAUGCGUUUGACUAAUUCUCGAAAAUCAGUAGGUGUGGACAGACACAUUAUUGUCUAUCAUUGCCUUCCAAUAAUAAACCCUGGUGGUGGGGGAUGGCUCAGAAGUUGGCAACCCUAGGCAUAAACUGAAAGUAUUUUAGAUGUGUUGCAAUUUCUGUUUGACUGUAAUGUCAUAACGUAUCAUUAUUAUAUUCUUCUUCUUGUUUUUAUUACUAUUAAUUGUUAGUUGCUUGUUACCCAGAGCUCUCCAAGCAGUUUACAGCAUUGUUAAAAACAAAAAAAUAUAUAUUACACCAUAAAAACAAAAGAAAAGCAACCCACAUAUGAUCACAGGAAGCGUUGGCAGCUAAUAACAAAACAAUAUCACCUCAGUCUAUUGAAAUCCAAGGUAGAAAAGUAAGUCUGCAUCUGCUGCCAAAGAUGUGUCAACAAAGGUUGACAUGUGUCUCUCUCAGGGGAGCGCAUUCCACAGAAUGGGGGCCACCACUGAAAAGACCCUUCUCUUGUCACCACCCUCCAAGCUUUCCUCAGAGUUGGGGACUUGAAGAAGGGCCUUAGACAAAUAUCUAAGGGUCCAGGUAGGUUCAUACCAGAAGCAGCAUUCUGGAAAGAUAUUAGAGCCCUGAGCCUUGAAGAGCUUUAUCAGUCCAAACCAGCAUUUUGAAGUAAGCUCAGAAACAUACAGGCAGGCCACAUAGCUGAAACAAAAUUUGCGUCUUAUUAUCUAUUGCUCUCAAACCUGUCAACAACUGGGCAGCCGCAUUCUGCACUAAUUGAAGUUUCUGAACUGUUUUCAAAGGCAGCCCCACAUAAAGAGCAUUGCAAUAGUUCACGUGGGGGAAUAGCAUUAAGCGAGGAAAGGCUUGCCUUUUGAAUUAGCUGAAAUGACCUUUGAAAUCUGAAAGUCAAACAUACUUUUUUAAUUCUGAAAGUCAAACUAGCCACGAUAGCUCUGCUCUGCUUUUGCAGUCAUAGGCAAUAAUGCUUCUGCAUACCAUUUGCUGGAAAUAAAUUGUAUUGUUGUGCUCUGGUCCUGCUUGUGGAUUUUCCCACAGGCAUCUGCGUAGCCUCUGUGAGAACAGGAUGCUGGAUAAUGUGGGCCAUUGGCCUUGUUCAGUAGGCUCUUCUUAUAUUCUAAAAUGCUCUCGACUGAGAUGGUACCCUCUCUGUGCUACAGGACUUGUGGAGACUUCAUUCAAAGUGUGACUCCCCACCCCUUUCCAUAAAUUUCUGCAGCCCUUCCAGAAAAUAUUGCAAGUUGGUAUAAAACCAUCUCAUAAUGCUCCUCUUUCUUUCUUUCUUUCUUUCUUUCUUUCUUCUAUUUAUUUUCCUCAGGAAAGAAUCAGUCAAUUUUUGGAGAAAGGUUGCCAGUAUCUCCCUUUCCAGGACUGGUCAAUCCAAUGCAAGAAGAUGGUGGACACAGGAGUUAUCAUUCUGGUACAACUUGGAAAACAAGUGCAGGUAAAUAGACUGAGAUAUUGUUGGUACUGACACUUUCAACCAUGACUUACACGGACCAGAUCCAAGCCAGUCACACUGUGUGGGAUCCUCUCUGAGGAUGCAUCUAUGCUAUGAAUAAUGUUGGUUUUAUUUAUAUUAGUUUUCACAGGCCAGCUUUUUAGUUUCAUUCUUGUUUAACUCAAAACAUAGUGAUUUUUUUUUUACACUGGUUCUGAAAAUACUUUUAUACCAGACACAUGUUUUUAUUUCUUUUCUUUGUCUUCUUCUGCGAGUCAACCAUUUUAAACAGAAAGAAUUCUUAAUUAAAAACUAAGACUUGUUGAAUUGUAAAUAUUUUCCACCACCCACUCAAUAUAAUAGGAAGUUAUUAUAGAGUUCAAUAUUGUCUCCAAUUAUUAUGGGUUUGAGCCAAGACUCCACCCUUUAGCUUGUUUUUAUGGUUAGUUUCAUAAGAACAAAAGUUUACAAUCUCAGCAGAUUUAUUUUCACUUCCUUUCCUAAUGAACCCCAGCGUGGAAUUUGCCUUUUUCAUGGGCACCGCACACUGGGUCAACAGAUUCAUUGAGCAAUCUAUUAUUGACCCCAAAGUUCUUGUUGCUGGUCUGCCAUUGCCAGUUCAGAACCCCUGAGUGUAUAUGUGAAAUUCAGAUAGUUUUGCUCCAAAGUGCAUCAUUUUACACAUAUUUACAUUGAAUUGCAUUUGCCAUUUUACUGCCUAUUCACUCAGUUUGCAGAGGUCCUUUUGUAAUCCUUUUGCUUUAAUAAGCCUGAACAAUUUGGUAUCACCAGCAAACUAGGCCACCUCACUGCUUGCUCCUAAUUAAAGAUUGUUUAUCAACAAGUUUGUUUUCCUAAAUUGUUGUGUGUUAGCUGGUUCAUCAAUAAACAGCCUCUUGUUGUAGCCCUAACAAGGUGAGGGACCCUGUAUUAUAUUAAACCAGUGCAUUUUGGGGGUAAAAAAAUAGGUGCCAAUAUAUUAUUACUAUUAAAAAUUGUAUGCUACCCUAUGCCUGCAGGUCUCUGAGUGGUUCACAACAUAAAAUCACAAUAUAAAAACCACACAAUAAUUAUAAUUAUACAGCCAAACAUAUAUUGAUAAAAGUGCUGUGGGUGCCAAAACCAAAAUGGCUGCCAUAGCCAGAAAAAAAGUGUUGGUAUGUCAUAUCUGUGAGUGCUGUCACGAAAAGGGCCCUGUAUUAAACAAAUAAGAAGCUAACAAGUACAAACUUUCCUAUGAGUGACUCUGUACAUUUGUAAUUCUGCAAGACAGACCUAAGGGAACAGACACACACACAAGUGUUUUCAAGUGUUUUUAUUUCUUUUCCUCCACUUUAAGGGCUGACAAUAUUCUCUCUCUCUCUCUGUUGCUCUUUCUAGGAUAGGCCUGAAAUAGUAUGUGGUGCCUUCAGGCUAUGCAGUCAUCUGGUACCCUUGGAAGGAGCCCUGAAGUUCCAGAAGCCAUUCAGUUCUAAUGGAAUGCCUGAUAUGACGGAUUUCCCCGAAAUGUUGGCUCCCUUUAUAGCUAACGUGCCCCUUCUCCUCUAUCCUCAGGAUGAGCCCCAAACUGAGUUUCUGGUAAGGAAUUCAGCUUGGAUGGAGUUGUCUCCCUUUGCUCCAACAGCCACACACAUGAAAGCCAGGAACAAUUUCUCUCCAGAGACCAUGAGACACCCUGCCAACUUCAGCUAGAGUGAGCUGGAUGCCAUUUUGAUUCACAGAGCUUGCUUCUAGCAUUGGCUGUAUACACAUGUUAUCUUCAAAGCACAUUCUUUCCCUCAAAACAUUCUGGGCGGUGUAGUUUACUCAUCACAGGAUUACAAUUCCCAGCAACCUGUAAUAAACCACAGGGCCCAGAAUUCUCUGAGUGGGAGAAUUUGUUUUUUGAGAGUCCUUCAGGCUUGGACCCAUGCCAAAUGUGUAACCUUCAAAGGGCUUGCAAUGUGCAUAGGCCUCACUUGCGCCAUCUAUUCACCCAUUUUUACAGUGAGAGGACAAGUGGCUUGAAGGAAGCCUGUUUACAUUGGCACAUUAUUUUAUUGAUUUGACUGAGUUUUUAUAUGGCAUCCAUCAACAUAGGUCCUCUGGGCAGCUCACAGAACCAAAGGGAAACAUACUGUUCCAUAGCUUGGGUGCCACUACAGAGAAGCCUUGGCUCCCAUGAAAGGUGCUGUGGUAGGAAAAACAUAGAAAAACCCCAGGCUCUCUUCUGCGUCCUUCCCACAAAGCCUUGAUAAUUAAAUUGUUUUGCUUAAUUGUUUGUUUAAUGACAUCUCCCUCAGUCAUCCAUCCACUGCCUUGUUUUAUGUUUACGUACUGGGUUUGUGUUUGUCCUCAGCAGCACACAGUAGUUGAGGGAAAAGGCAGAAUAGACUGACUGUGUGACUGCAGGUUAUCAAUAGAGCUUUCUCUAAGAAGCAAAAUAAUGAUGUUUAUUUCUCAUGGAGGAAGGAGUGGAUGCAAAACCUAGAAGGGAUGAGCUGAGUCUGUCAUUUUAGCUUUUAAAAGGGCAGUGAGUAAUCUGCUGCCCUACCCAACACAUUCCUCCCCCUCCAUCCUUACAGAUCAUUGCUUUUGGCUCAUUUUGUCCAGCCCAGCUCAGCCAUUUCUGUUUUUUGUUUUUUUGUAGCAGGCUGGGAGAAAAAUGCCUGAAGUGAUGGGCUGCAGGGGAGCUAAAAUAGGGAAGGAAAAAAGCUCUUAGCCUUUGCCCUGCUUCUGAUGUGAAAAAAAGAUGUACACACACAUCCUGUUUUGUAUACAAAUCAGGGCAGAUGUGUGAGCACCAAACAUGGCUGCCACCAUUAGGCCUAGUUUGGCUAUAAGCUACACACCAGCCUAUCUGUGAACUGGAAUUUCACGUCUACCACAGGGGAAGGCAAUUGCAUUUUGGAAAGAGGUUAAACUAGGGGUCAGCAAAUGUUUUCAGCAGGGGGCCAGUCCACUGUCCCACAGACCUUGUGGGGGACCAGACUAUAUUUUGAAGGAGAAAAAAUGAAUGAAUUCCUAUGCCCCACAAAUAACCCAGAGAUGCAUUUUAAAUAAAAUGACACAUUCUACUCAAGUAAAAACACUCUGAUUCCCAGACCGUCUGCAGGCUGAAUUGAGAAGGUGAUUGGGCUGGAUCCAGCCCCUGGGCCUUAGUUUGCCUGCCCAUGGGUUAAACUGUAGCUGGCUUCUACUUCUUAGAGGAUUUUGGCUUGGCCUAUAGGUGACACUCAGUCCCAUCUUACAGGAAGACUAGGGAAUUGCCCACCAGUUCAAUGAGUUAUCUUCCAUGCCAGAAGCAGGGCAUAAGUCAGGGAUGUCACACUGCUUCUUUUGUGCAGACAACCCUUUUGUGCAGACUGUAGAAUGCACUCCAAGGAGUUUUGCAAUCAUGCACAGGAUUUUGAGGCAUGCUCAGAGGGCCAUACUGGAUGUAGCAUGAGUUGCAUUAAUGACUUGCUUGUAAAUGGCAUUCCCUGGGCUUUUAGAUCUUAGUUUGAACAACAACUACCAGGUAUUUGUGGCCUCUUUUAAUGAGGUGAGAUCUGUAAGAAAAACCUGUUUUUUUUUAAUCUGUUCAUGUGUGUUUGGGGAUUAGGGUUGCCAUAUUUCAAAAAGUGAAAAUCUGGACAUAAGAGUUGAGCUUUUCUGGGCCAAAGGUGUUGAGUUUUUCAGCUAUUUUAAAGAAAAAAAUGACACUGCCAACAUGGGUUGCCAUAUAUCUGGAUUUUCCUGGACAUUUGUGAUUUCUGCCCAGACACUGCUUCCAACUGCAGUAUUCUGGCUAUGUCCGGGAAAUUCCAGAUGUAUGGCAACCCUAUUGGUUGCGUUUGUUAUAAUUGAUUUUAGUGUUUAUACUGUUUUUGUAGGUCACUUUGGGUCGCUUUUGUGAGGAAAAUAAUAAUAAUAGUAAUAAUAAUAAUAAUACAUUGGUAAGCCAGAGCAGCCUCUGAAAGCUUACCCAUGUGUUUGUGGGGGUGUGCUAGGGGUGAUUGGGGAAGCGGAGUGGAAUUUUAACUUUUUCCCUCCCUGCCACAGUCUUAACAAUCCUUCAUUUCUCCCCCUCCAACAUUUUUUCUGAGUACGUUUCCGAGCACAAUUCAAAGUGUUGGUGCUGACCUUUAAAGCCCUAAACAGCCUCGGUUCAGUAUACCUGAAGGAGCGUCUCCACCCCCAUCGUUCUGCCUGGACACUGAGGUCCAGCGCCGAGGGCCUUCUGGCGGUUCCCUCGCUGCGAGAAGCCAAGUUACAGGGAACCAGGCAGAGGGCCUUCUUGGUAGUGGCACCCGCCCUGUGGAACGCCCUCCCACCAGAUGUCAAAGAGAACAACAACCACCAGACUUUUAGAAGACAUCUGAAGGCAGCCGUGUUUAGGGAAGCGUUUAAUGUUUAACCGACUAUUGUAUUUUGGUAUUUUGUUGGAAGCCGCCUAGAGUGGCUGGGGAAUAAAUAAUAAAUUAUUAUUAAUUAUUAUUAUUAUUCCCUAGGAGAAGGAAGAAAAUCCUUGCAGAGACUGUCAACAAGUAAUUGCUGAAAUGAAGGAAGGUUUCAAGAGCAGCUCUUUCCUUGUCCAGUCCUUUGCUUCUUAUGCUGAACAAUACUGUGAACACCUGGGGUCUGACUUGGUAAAUGAGGUAACUGGAUUUUAUUGCUUCACACUAAUGAUAAUGAUAUAUAUAUUCAGGACCUGUGUCUGUCAUCUGGUAAUCAAAGCAAAGGAUGGAUCUACACAACUAUAUUUCUUAUGUCUUGUUUCAGACGUUGUCCCUCAGCCUGUGGUCACACGUUUAACUUUUCCAAGUACUGUAACAGAUUAACUGGGGAAAGAAGUGACCUUCCUUGCAUAUAUAUAUAUCUGAAGUCGCAGAAGAGUAAUUACAUAAUAUUUUGCCUCUCCAAUUCAGGUUAAAUUAGAACGCCAUUUGAAAUCAAACCAUCCUCAUACACUUGGAGUGGCUAACUUGCUGCUGGACUAAACUCUCCACAUCUUUGACCACUGAGACCAUGCUGCCUAGGGGCUAAUGGGUGUCCGACAACACUUGGAGGGCUACAGUUCCCCAUUUCAGCUGUCAUUGGUUCACUUCGUUCCACCCAAACUGUGAUUUAAAAGUGAUGUGGAGUUUGUGAAAGAACAGUUUACCCAUCAGGGCUUAGAAAUACCUGAUACAUGUAUCUCAUUUAAAUCAGGUUCCUGGUUCCUGUGUGAAGGCAGCAUUGUAUGCAUAGGAACUGCAGCCCAAUUUAAGUGUGACACGAGCCACAAGUCGUUUCAUAUGAAUAGGUUUUCCUUGGUGUGACCAGCAGUAGUUUGAAAUAUGUCCUCAGUCACAACAACAAAAGAAGUCAAAGCAGAAAAUGCCCUGCUUUGCCCUCUGUGUCACUAAGUUAAGUGAGGUGCUGGGUCUUAGGCAACAACUGGUCCUGGCAGUACCUCUGUUGUACUGUAUAUCAUCGAUCAAGUUUGAAAGGAUUGCUCCUAUGAGCAUUUCGAAACAAAAAGGGCGUGAGAAUUUUGCAUGCUCCGGAGAUAGCAUGGAGUUCUCCAAGUUGGGUGUGGGUGAAAUUAAUGGAUUGAUCUUGUUAGUAAUUAUUGAAGCUGUUUCUCUCUCUCCCCCCUUCCCUCCACAGUGCAAGAAAUAUGCCUUUGAGUAUUCACAUGUUUUUGUCCGAUUGCUGACACAUCUAUUGGUAAGUUGAUUGAGGCAGACAUUUACACUCUAGCCUUUUCCAGGCAGAGAAGCAUCAUCACUUCAGGGCCAAUUUUACGACAGCAAAAGCAUUGUAAUAUCUGAAUUCAGGCUUGUAAGAUAUUCUAGACAUGUGAUUGAUCAUUUUUUGUAUAAGGCAUUACAUACUGACAUAGGAAAGCAAGUAUCAGGAGAUCUGGGUAAAAUUAGCAUGCACAGUGGGAACAAGGUUUGAAGUCCAGAGCUUAGUUUGUCAAAUGCUGUCCAGGAGUGGGGAGAUUAAUAUGACAGGAUGCUCCCCCUUCUGGAGGCCAGAUUUGUCCCAGGGGGUUCCAGUUGCUGACCUUUAUCCCAAAGCACCAGUGUGACUAGACAUUAUCAUUCAGGCAAUGAAGCCAUAUCCAGAAUGGCAAAUACUUCAUUUCAUGCCUUAAGUUUGAGAGCAGCUCGGCUUUGACUUCUGGGAGUGGGAGACUUUGCCUUUGUGGAAGAAUUGCACCUUUUAAUUCAUGAUAGCAUGAAUAGGCCCAUGAAAAGCACCUGUUACACUAAACAGAGUUGUUGGACAAGGAAAGUUUACACAGCUAGUUUUGCAACGUAAUGCUAUCGGGUGGGCGAGUUUGUGGAUUAGCUAGUUCAGGCUGUAGGAUUUACUCUCUGAAUUAUUUUCUCAUGAUUUUAACUAUUGGUUUUCUCCCUCUCCCCACUUCACAAUUCGAUUGACUUUUUGCUGAUCACAGGAGGAGGUACGUGAGAAUGUUUUUCAUUUCUAGGUCAACUCUUGCUGAUAAUUUGUGGGUUGGACAAUUGAAACCACCUUUGCUUGACAGAAAGGAACUUGGAGGUUGAAAGGGAGGUUGAUCACAACGGCAGUUUUUAUACACCCUGCUUUUAAUGCCAACUGGAGAAGUGAAGCUUAUAAUAAUUUUAUUUUUAAAAAUUAUUAUUUAUACCCCACCCAUCUGGCUGGGUUUCCCCAGCCACUCUUAAGGCUGCAUACACACCUUUUGUUCUAGGAUCAAUAGAGUCCUUGCUUUUUCUACAGAAUGCACUCCACAUACAUUCUAGAACUAUUGUAGGGUUGCCAUAUUUCAAGAAGUAAAAAUCCAGACACAAAAAGUUGUUGAGCUUUUUAAAAACCUGGACAUUUUGACGAUUUACCAAAAUCCCCCCCCCCCGAUGCUAAUUCCAUCACUGAAAUCCCGGACAUGUCCGGGAAAAUCUGGACGUAUGGCAACCCUAAGCUAUUCCGUAUUUUUUGCUCCUGAAAAGCACCUCUUGUGAAACUGGUUUCAUUCUGAAAAUAAAAGCUCAUUGUAGAUUUCCAUUUGAAAACAGAUCUAGUUGGUCCUGACAAGGGUGUGUGUUUAUCCACACUUGCCCAAUGAUGUUGUGGGUGGGUGCAUACAAAUAUCACAAGCACAGUUUCCUUCUUCAUUUACCUGUGGCAUGUGUAGGCAUAGGUAACCUUAGCAAAGGGAGGGUUUUUCCCAGUAUGAUGUGGAAUCCCUCCCCCGUUCCCCUCAGACAACAUCCACAACCUUCCUGUAGCUCCGUGUUAAUUUAUGGUAGGAAGAGAAAACGAGAUUUGUUGUCCAAUGCAACUUUUUUCUCCUCUUUCAGCAAUCAAAGACUGUCUGUGGCGCCUUCUGUGACUCUGAAAAACCCGAGCCUUUUCAUGCAUUACUGCCAGCUAAACCCCUUGAUGACUUGUCUACAGUAUCGGAAUCUGUAGAGGUAAGAGCAAAAGAGCCCCCUCCUGCUCUGCCAGGGGGCAGGCAGAGGCUGAGAGCAUUGCAAGAUGGGCAGAGCAGAGUAGCUGCUGAAUUUAUUUGUGCCUAAAGUCAAAUGCAAUGAGGCUCUGGAGACUCCUGCGUGGCAAACAUCAGAGGAAUAUCAAAGGGCGAAAAAUGAGUUUCGAUAGGAAUUUUUAGCAGUGUUAACCUGUACAUCAACACUAGGGAGACACUGAAUUUUGCCAAAAGCAACUUUCAUGCAGAAUUUUGAAACUCCCCCUGAGGAAAAGCAGGAGAAUUGCAAUUGUUUUUAAUAAGAUUAGUGUACCUUUUCCAGGGUCUGCACAUCCUUAGCAAAAGAGUUAAUGGGUGGCCCCUGUCUGGGAGAUUCUUUGCAUGGGCAUUAAAUCAUAGAAUUGGAAGGGACCACUAGGAUCCUCUAGUCCAACCCCCUGCAAUGCAUAUUCUCAUUUACUUCACUGUGACUCAUCUCUCUUUAACUGGCACAAUCCAACUUUUAAAUUCUAUUGAUUUCAAUAGGAAAUAUUUAAGCAAAGGCUCCCCAGUGAAUUCAGAAAAUUUUAGAUGAAUUGCGCGUAUUAUUUUUAAAGUGGCAGUUUGAAAAGUCAUGCCUUUUCUGGGGAUAUAUCUGGCAUUCUUUCUGGGGAUAUUUCUGCAUGUUUUCCACCUUUUUUUGGUACAGUUUCCCCCCAUUUGCUGCUGCUUUGGCACAAUUUGUUUUCCUUCUGUUUACUGUUCCCAAAGUAGUCACAUGGAGAAUCCUAGCCAACUAGGGAUCACUACGUAAAUGGGGUGACAUCAUGAAAUUAGGUAGUCAAUCAUAUGUGACAUAAUUUCAGUGUAAAAUGAAUGCCGGUUGAAAAUUUGGACAGUUUGUUCUACAUGGCUGAUCCCAGACAGAUAAGAACAUUCCAUGAACUGGACAAUGUCACUGCCUUAUGUAGCCAGUCAGGUUUGGCUUCAUGCUGAUGUCACUGAAGGCAAAUGAAGUCGAUUCAGAAUGAAGGCAUUGCUUCCUUGAAUAGGCAGGGGUUUUUUGCGCAUUUUUCCAAAGUGAUCACUGAAAAAGGGGGUUUGCUGCAUUCCACAGAAAAUGUUAUUUUGGCUAAGCUUGAGUUAACAAUGUUUUAGUAUUCUACUGUUGCUUGUCCUUGAAAGUUGUGCUUGAUUUUUUCUUCUUGUUGUUCUUUUCUUUAAUCGUGUCAGAAAACAUCAAAUGCCGAAAGCCCCGAGUUUGCGUGUGGUUUAUGCAAGAAAAUAGUAACCAUUGCAGAGGGCAUGAUGGAGGAGAAUGUCACAGAAGUAAGGCUGAGGAAACCUAUUGUCAUCUAUCGGGUGAUGGCGGAGGGUUCGGGAGGGGGCUCUCUUUGGAGGUUUUUUCCACUUUUGGAGACCUGCACCACUGCUACUGUGAGGGAAGUUGGGAUGUGAGAGCACUGCCUAGUAUCGCAGAAUCGUAGAGUUGGAAGAGACCCCAAAGAUCAUCUGGUUCAACCUCCUGCAAUGCAGGAAUCUAAACUCUUAGUUUCCUCAUUAUGAGAAGUUGAAUGAAUGUCUCAUUUCAAACUUAUAGGAUGCCUUUCUUCAGCACUUGAUAUGGAAACAUGGGUUUGGAGGGGACUAGUUGAAACAUUAGAGGGCUGCAUAGAAGGAGAGGAACAACUGAGGAAACUGCCUGUCUCAGUUUGUCUCUUAUUACCAGAAAAGGGAGUUCAUGCAGGUGCAGCUUUUCUUACAUCUGCAUGAGAAACUGCACCUGUCAACUUGACCUCCUUCUACCCAACACUCAAAAGGACCCCAUAUCUCCUUUGCUGUGGUUACCUUGGUUCAGUUACUAAGAUCGACAGUAACGUCUGCUCCUGCUUUUCAUAGAGGAAAGAAGUAAUGGUCAUGGAGUGGUUUGAUGCAGAGGAAUGGGGGGGGGACCAGCUGGGGAACCCCCAAGGGAAGAAGGCUCAGAGCCUGGGGAUUGGUGGUGGGACGACAAUGAGAGGUCAGAGGGAGCAGACUGGGGGGGGGGGAGGGAGAGGAGGUGUCAGAAGCUGAAGAGGUAACAAGGCUGAGUGAGCAGGAAGUAUUUGUGGCAGAGACGUCCAGAAUCAGAGGGAGAAGCUGAAGCAGGAGAGAGGCGUGAGGGAGGCCAAGAAGCAGAAGUAUGUCAGGCUGGUGAAGAGGCAUGGGGGUCUAUGCCUCCUGGUGUGACAACCUCCCUUCCCAUCUGGUAUCCCAGAACCUGGAGAGGUAUGAAGAGGGAAGAGAAGUUAGUUUCACAAAGGCGUCGUCUCAGUGCUUGGGGGAAAACACUGGAGAGGAGAGGACUUAGGCAGCUGUGGGAAGGUGGGGACCUUCAGUCCUUGAAACUGCCUCAUAGGUGCAAGGCCUACUGAAUAAGAGUUGCUGUGCUCAUUAGGCCUGGCACUCCUGUGCAGAUCCUGUUUUUCUAAGAAAGAGUUAAGUUCACCUGCCCGUUGUGAUUUACUGCUGGCUGGCUUGCUCCAGCCAGUAAUUGACAUCUCCUUCCUUGUUAGCACCGACUACAGAAUAAGUUCCAUCUUCCUCCUUAGCAUACCUUUCUGCUUUUAUGUUUCAGCAAGAAAUAGUCCACCAGAUGGUGAAAGUCUGCUAUAUACUGCCCCAUGAAAUCCUGGACCAAUGCAAAGACUUAGUUGAUUCCUAUGGAAAGGCUAUUCUCUACAUGCUCCUGGAUGCAACUAAACCUGAAGCUGUGUGCAUGAGGAUUAGACUUUGCCCCAGAGAUAUCUCUUUGAGCUUUGGUAGGUAAUGGCAUUUGCUUGCACUGUCAUGUUAUGUGGCCUGGGCGUGGGGCGGGGGUUAAUUGCAAUGACCUGCUCCUAUAUCAACUUGCCUGGUCUUACAAGAUUUCUUGUCAGGCCUUCUAACAUUCUGAGGUUAGACCAGAGAUGUGGCUGCCUUGUCAUGUUACCCAAAUUAUGAUUGAAUGCUCUUCCCAAAGACAAGUGGCUGCCACCUACCUUCAGCCUUUAGGAACCAGACAAAAAACCAUCUUGUUCUCCUGAGCAUUCAAUGGAUGGUGCGUUUCCAUCUGCCUUUGCUAGUUUCUGUUUUUAUAGUUGGUUUCUCUUUUGUCCUAAUUUAUAUUGCUUCACUGCUUCUGUGUUUUUAAUGGUGGUUUUAACUUUUGUUAAGAGCUGCAUUCAGGAGGCAUUCAGUGUAAAAAGAGUAAUAACGAUUUGCAAUAAAAAUUAUAUAUAAAAAAGUAAUCUUUCCAGGUUGAUAACUCCCAAACUUUGUUUCUCCUCAGAAAGGGAAGCUCUGGAAGAAGGAUUGAAACCAACCAAACCCAGUGAAAGUGAAGUCUGCCAUGUGUGUACACUCAUCGUUACAUAUGUUGAUCAAGAGCUGGAAAAGAAUCAAACGCAGGAGCAGAUUGGAACUAUGCUUUCUAAGGGUUGCCAGUUGCUGCCAGAAGCUUUGGUGUAUCCCGUAAGUACGCCAAAUGGCUAUUGUGAAAGGGAGAUCAAAGUGUUCUAAAAGGAGAGAGGAGGUCAAGGAGCUGAAGAUCUCUGUCUUGUCUUCCUGCCAAAAGUGGUGGGCAUUUUAUUGGUUUAUCUACAUAGAAGCUUUAUCCUGCAAGCCAGAAGAAAUAUUAUCUUCUUUAAUUAUUUCUAGUUUGAAAUGCAUCUGAAGCAAAUGUUGUACCCCCCCCCCCACCUUUUUUAGAGUUGCCACCAAAUUUUGCUCAUAGUAAAAAAAUUGAAGCAGAUACAGAAGUUACUUCUUGGGCAGAACUUCCAAAUAUUUUUUGACAUAGUCAUAACCAAAGAGAGCUGCCUGUUUAGGAGUUUUGUAGAAAUGAAGACGGCUUGGAUAAGACUAAUGAGGUUCCUUAGGGAGCAUUCUACCUGUCCUGAGACCUUGCAAAUUCAGCUUAAUCAAUUAAAUCCAGAAAACAAAAGAUUUAGACCCAGUUGCACCCUUGGGGGGCUGUACCUAGGAGAAAGGCUGAGAGUCACUUAACUUGUUUUUUUUAUUACAGUGUGAUCAACUCGUGGUGCAAUAUGAGCCAGCUGCUGUCCGUCUCCUGGUGCAGGUCAUGGAGCCAACCUUUGUGUGUGCUGUAAGUCAUGUUCUAAAGUAAUUGCUCAUUCUUGAGCGAGAUCUCUGACAAACAGCUUUGUCCGCAAUCCAAUGGAUAUGUUUACCUGGGAUAUUUCUUCUGACAUGCAUAUAUGAUUGCACUGUUAUUUCCUUUGCAAAUAACAAAACCACAAAAAUCCCAUAAAUAUCCAGUAGUCUCACUAUUCACAAGGAAACUGAACCUGUAAAAACAUGGGUGGGUAACCUGUGGAUGGACUCCAGCUCCCAUCAUCCCUGACCAUUGGUCCUGAUGAUUGCUGGACGGGGCUACACAUUGCAUCCUUGCUGUGAAACAGGGGGCAGAAAAGCCCCAACCCGCCUGUUGGGGGUAAUUUGGUGGGUAGGACAACCCCCUGUGACGCUCUCUUUCUACCACCCACUUUUUCUCUCUCCCUUCUUGCACAGCAAGCUUCCAGGGGAGGGGCCGAUCAUCCUUGCCAGAAGUCAAAUAGCUGGCAGAUGGCCCUUUUGAAAAUCAGUCUGAAGAUUAGGGUUGGCUGUGUGUCCUACUUUACAGAAAGGGCAGCCCUCUUUUUGAAAAGGGUCCUCUAUUUGAAUGGCUGCCCAGUCCAAUUUUUUUUUUUUAAAAAAGAAAACCUAGGAAAGAAGAGCAGCAAGGACCUUCAAGCUGCCCCCCUAGUUAGCACCUGGCUAGCAAGAGUGAGCAGGCAACACAGAUCACAAUGUCCCCCACCAUGGUGAGACGUCUCAUAGUUCUUUUUAAAUUAUAGUGGUUUCUUCUGAACGUCCACAUAAAUGAGCAUGUGCAAACUUUACACAUACCCGUGUCCCCCUUUUUGGUACUGUGUACUUGGCUACCCUGCUGAGGGCCACAGGCAGCCCUAGAGCUACAGGUUGCCCAUCCCUGCUGCAAAGCUACCCUGAGUCUUACCGCCUGCUUUGAAAAGUGGGGAGCAAUGUGAAGUUGAAGGAGGCUUUGGGGAACUUAAAAAGGAGUUAAGAAAGGAGGCUGAUUCUGCAUAGGUGUAAUGGUCCCUUUUUGUACUCUUCUGCCCCACAGAAAAUAGGAGCCUGCCCCUCGUCCCACCUUGUGGGCAUGGAAGUUUGUGUCCGGGGCCCUAGCUACUGGUGCAAGAACGCAGAGACUGCAGCUCAGUGCCAAGUAAGUAGGGGUGGUGGUGGUGGCAAGAGGGGAAUGUCAAGCUUUCCAAUACAGUGAGAUGGAGUUGAUAAAAAAAAGUAAUUGAACACAGUUAAAAAUGGGAGCACUCUUUGCAGCAUACAAUUCUGGGAAUGUGACGCGAUGACCGAAAUAGGAGCAGGUGAAAUGACUCUAUGGAAGGCGAUAGUCUUUGAAACGAAAACCCUCUGUGCUACCGAAGAUCUAGGUGCAUAUUAGUGAUGUGGAAUAUAGGAUUGGGGGAGUAUGUUUAAAUAUUGUGUGCAGUUGUAAUAAGUUAACUCGUUCUGCUUCCAAGUGCUUAACUCUAAAAACAUCUUACGUGUGAAUAUACUGGCCCUUAUCCACCUGUAGCUGUGUAUCUAGCAAUCCUGCAGUAGGGAUAUCCAUUCACUCCUUAUCAAUGGGGCUCGAUGAACACCAUUAUGCACAUCCAGGUAUGUAGCUGUAUUGGCAUUGUCUCAGUGUUCAGAAUCUUAUGGUAUCUGAAGGGCUUCAGGUUCCUGAUCCCUGGUGUGAAAGGUGACAGCAAGAUGAAUAGGAAAUCUUAGAUACUCUGAAGUUUUCCUAUAUAAGCCCAUUUUCUUAUGAGUUGUGCUAUGAAUGGAGAAUGGCCUUCCUUGAGUCUUCCUCUCUUUUCCCCAUAGGCCACUGAAUACUGCAAGCACCAUAUAUGGAACUAGAGGAAGCCUUGCCAGUGGAAGAAUGUUGGCUGUGGUUUUACUGAAUGCACCCUGGAAUUUGGCCGGGUGGGAAAUGGUGAAAUAUCUAAACACUGGCAGAACCACACCUUCCUUUCACACUUCUGCAGUGUGGCUGUCCGUUGGGUGGCUAUACUGCUGAAAAAGAAAAAAGCAGGGGGACUGUUUCCUUUGCUUGUGAUGCUCUGAAUUACCGUACAUUUAGUUUUACUUUUAGAUCCAUGGUGGGGAAGUGACACGGGUAGGGAAGAAAAAGGCUGUGGUGGGAUUUUAUUUGAAUAGCUGAGAAUUUUGGUAAGACUCUUGUUUUAAAAUGUGUAAAUUGCGUUACGAUCAUUGCAAAACUGGCUGCUUAAGUUGGCAUUUUCAGAUUUCCAAUACCUUCCUUCUCUAGCUAGCCUUUUAAGGUACAGCUAUACUAUACAUUUAAACUGUUUUAAUAUUUCAUUGCUUUUCUUCAAGGGGUGCUGGGAACAGCCAAUCAGACUGUUGGGCCACUUAGUCCACUGUCUACUCUGGCAGCAGCACUGCUUCAAACAAAUAUAUUUUCCCAGUCUUGUUAUUUGAGAUUCUUUUUACCUAGAGGUGCUUAGAAUUUUCUUUAAGACAGGUCAACUGGCACAAUAAUUUUAAUUAUAUGGAGGGAUUUCAGCUCUCUUAAAUUUCUGGUGUAGACAGAAACAAAGUCUCGAAAAAAAGGGGCUACCCAUUUGCUCAUGUUAAGUACAGGCAGUUACUGGGUACUUAUACUUUUACCUGUAGAACUUAAACUUGGUGUCAGUUCACAUGUACCUAACCCUGUUCUUUCUGAAUGCAGCAGCUAGGGUCCUCAAAGGGAUAUGUAUUACAAUCAGCAUGAAAGGCUGAUUAAAUGGUUACAUAGGUACAGGACACAAAACAAUUUGCAUGAUCAGUGGUUUGCUUAUUCCCUUGCUGGAUUGGUGUAGUUAGGUAGACUGAAUUUUAGACUAAUUAGCACAUAAAUCCAUGGCUGUUACUUACCAAUAGGUGGGUUGAGUGCUGACCUGCGAACUAAGGAACAAGUAAUUUUAAUUGUGUUUUCUCUGUACUUCAGGAGUAGCGGCAAGUGCUCAGGAUAAUAUAGAACAGGCAGCAUUAAGCAAUAGCGUCUUUGCUCUACACCUCAAUAUGACAUUUAUCAAAAUGUGUCUAAAUAUCAGUUCCAAAGCCAUUGACUCUUGUUGCAGCUUGCAAUUAGAGCAACAGCUGAGAGCACUAAUGACGCUUGAAAGCCAUGCAGAUGCCAUAUUUGUUGGUAAGCACAAGAUAAAAUUUAACAGGUACAGUGAUGCAGAGGUGAAUUGUUGUUGUUGUUUUUGCAAGGCACAAUUCCCAUGGCUGAAGCACCUGUGUGUGAACCUGUUCAAUAUACAUGCUGAGAAAUUAUCCAGUUAUUCCAAAAGGACAUUAUAAUGAGCAUUUUACCAAUGCUUCUGUAGUUAAGAAACAUUAAACAAUUCUUACAAAUUUG